GUUGCGAGAAUGAGAAUCGUCGUCUUGUCGGGUUGCUAGACAAAUAACUUGUUAACAAAAAGUUCGGUUUGGCAAAAAUGAGUGCAUUGCUCUGUGCUGCUCUUGGAUGUAUCAACACUUCAAAAAGUUGUUCUCUCAGUUUUUUCAGAUUUCCGUCUGAUGAAAAUCGUUGUUAAUUUGUGUGGUAAUAAUGGAGAAAGCAAGAAGUGGAUCAGGGUGUGCUGCAACAAACUGCAAAAAUAAACGUCGUUUUUCGAAACAGAAGAGCUUUUUUACGUUUCCCGUUGAUCCUGUUAGAGCAAGAAUUUGGAUGAUGGCCAGUGAUAGGUUUGAUUUAGAGGAUAAAUUAGAAACUCUUCAUAAAAGCUAUAGACUUUGCGCAGAUCAUUUUGAAUUGAGGAUGUUUACUAAUCGUUUCCGCAACCGAUUGAACCCAUUUGCUGUUCCAACAUUGUUCCAUUCACUGGAAGGAACUUCUGGGUAUCCGAUUCAGGAACAUAGCUACAGUAAUCCCCCACUCAUCAAUAUAAAUAAAGCAACAACAUCCGAUGCAUCGGCGGAGGGAUCCCCUAUUCUAAGAUCCCGUCUUCUGAGAUCUUCUGAGGAAAUACAUAUCCUUCAGCAGAUUGUAGCCCCAGAUCAAAUUAGAAAUACAGUGUUCGAGAUAUCAGAUACAUCUAAUUCCGAUGGUAAUUUUAAAAAUGCAUUAGUCUGUGAAGAAAACAUAAAUGAGAUAGUUGAAGAUGAAGAAAUGCCAGAAAUUAAAAUUGAACCAAUAUUUCUCACAGAUGAAUUCUCGGACGUCCUGAGUGAAACUUCAAAUAUUGCUAUGAAACUAGAAAUUGAUCCUGUUGCAUCAAGCGAUGAGCAAAGUUCUACUUCAAAUAGAGAUUUAGGAGAUGUUUCUCGCAGCAUCACUCAGUUACCAGUACCACCGUUGAUCAUGAUACCUAAACCUGAUGCACAAACAACAACAGAUAACUUACAAUCUCAAAAAUGUUGUUUGCCUUACUGCAAUAGUAACUCCUCAAUUGGACCCAAAGUAGAUAUGUUUCCGUUUCCUAAAGAUCCAGCUUUGAAGAAAAAAUGGCUGGAUAAUCUAUUUGACAAACCUCUUGAAGUUAAUAGUUCUUCCAAGGUUUGCCUACUUCAUUUUGGAGCACCAGAUGUGGAAUGGGUUACCAAGCACUUGAUAUCGAGAUCCACUGGCAAAUUGUUGUCUACUUCUACUGAAACACGAUUAGUCCAAGAUGCAGUACCGUUUAAGUUCACAAGAAACCAAACUCAACGCAGCGAGGCUAUUCCGGAGAACACCGAACCUGUCCCACAACCUUUAGAAAUGUCUGUAAAUAACGAAGUUUCUAAGGAGCCUCAAACCAACGAAGCCAUGGAAGUUGAGGAUAAGGCUUAUUUUAAGAAUCUGGACGAAGCCUUUGAGAAACUGAAGCGCACAAAGCUGGACUCGUGUUGGUUUAAAAUUAGAGAACCCCGUUACAUUUACUUCUUCUAUUUAGAUCCCCAACCAAAUCCUACUUUGAUGUUCGCAGUCCAUCUCUCAGAAGACCUAACUUUAUCUCUGAAACAGGACAACAGGUCAGUUGACGAAAUCAAAUGUCGAAACAAGGUGACGAUAUCGUUUCCUGUCAAGGUCUUGGAUUUGCAAGCCCUUUCUGUCAUACUAAAGGAAAUAGAAUUCUAUUUGAAAUACCGGGCACAGUAUACUAUCAAUGCCAAGAAAAAAUCAUCUGUUCCGACUAAAUUACGGUCUCGACUGGUAACAGCUGCAGGGAACGUUUGCAAACUCUGUCUGGACGACGUAGACGCCUACAUAAGAUGUGUCAAGUGUCUAAACGAGUUUCACCCUGGUUGUCUGGCGGCCCAAGGGCUAGACGACUGCGAUAAGUGUAAAAGAACCUUUAAUAGAUUGAGCGAAAGACGUAAUAUCAGUAGCGGUCAGGGUGACAAAAAUGAAACUGCCUUCAACGACAACCAGUACCUGAUUAGGAUCGUUAAAGAAGAAGAGGAGAAGAAUAAUAUUUUGGAGAAGAACUGCAAUAUGUUAGAGGAGAGAAUAAAUAGGUUGACGGCCAGUUUAGCUAAAUGAAGUCGGACAUUUUUUGUUUCUAAAUAGUUAAUGAUGGAAAAUGUCCGACAAGAUGUGCCAUCUAUUGCAAGUUGAAAUUUACUUCAAACAACAUUAAAAUCGAGGAAAAUGCUUACUUUACCAAUCUGAAAGAAGUCUAUCAGAAGCUGGACAGAUUCGGCUUGAAAAUUGUUAAAAUUCUGCUAUAUUAUAGGUCCGGUUGAGAUAGUAAAUCCCGUGAGUUUUUUUAGUGGGCCUUUUUAUAUGAUUCUAAAUAAUUUUUAAGGUGUUAAACGUUGAAAUUAAGCGUGAAAAUCACUUCGAAAAUUUUCGCUGCAUUAAAUUAUACCAGCAGAAAAAAAAUAAAGAUGUAAAUAAAAAUAAGAUAUUUCCUCUCGGAAAUGGUAAGUAGCUAAAUGCCUCUACGGAUAGAGCUAGCGGAGCCCUAUAGUUGCCCCAUUUAAAUUGUGUUUCAACCAUAUAAAAAAUACAUUAAUAAAAAACGACUACCUAUCCACCAUAUUUUAUUGACAAAACGUUAAACGAAUAAAAAUAAAAUAGUAUAUAUAGUUUCCGUUUGGAUUAACGCAGUCGUGUUUACAAAAAAAAAGUGACUUCCACGCUCAUUUCUACGUUAACAUCUUAAAAAUUAUUUAGAAUCAUAAAAAUAGGCUCCCUACUAAACACACGGAUUUUGGUAGUUCGACCGGACUAAUAUACUUCUGUUUGGAUCCCUAAUUUUAUCUCUGAAUCUGGACAAUUCAGUUGAACAAAUUCGAUGUAAAAACAAGGUUAAAUAUCGUUUCCUGUCGAGGUUUUAUUUAUAAACCUUCUGUCGUAUUAAUAGAAUUCUGCGAGAUACAGAGCACAAUAUCAUAACAACGCCAAGAGAAAAUCUAAAGAAAAAAGGAGUAAAAAUAAUGUUUUGGAAAAGAAAUAAUUUCUUCAUUUUGGCUUUAGGCUUUAGGAUUUAUUGAAAAAUGCAUGUUUUAAUAUUGUGGCGUCAUUUUUAUUCAACCGUCAGGUGUAUUUAAGUUAAAAAUAUUAUUGUUAUUUAAUACAUUUUUGUCUUAUUUAUGUUAAAUGUUUUUAUAAAUAGCCCUAGACAUCCAGUAUUGAUUUCAAUUACCUAUUAUUAUUAUUAUUAUUAUUAGUUAGUUAUGAUUUUGUGAUAUAAUAGUUUUAAGUUCCUAAAAAUAAUCAUAUACAGAAAGUUUAAAGCU